AUGGCCCCGGAGACCAUCUUCGCUAACGACUUACUCAUCAGAAAUACGUCUCCCGAUCAGGAUCGCAAACUUAUGCCCACCGGCUCGUCAAACAACGCCUACUCAGCUUCGCCGUCGCAACUCACAUUGUCUUCUGACUUCCAUUCCGGCGCUGGACUACCCAACCCUUACCAGCAGUACUCAUACGUCCCGAGUCCACACGAUCCCACAGCUUUCGCCUUUCCUCCGCCGCAAGGAUACAGGCCGCAAUUACAGACCCAGCAUCUACAACACCAGCCUAAUCUCUAUCAACAACCAUCGCCCACGAACCUUCCGCGCAAGCGGCGCGCAUCUGACCUGCGCGAGCCUUCACUCCCGGGCUCGUCCAGCAGCAACCCGAGCGCGUUCGCGAACCCUUCUGGGCUCAAUCUUGUUACGGGCGUAGGCGACCUUGGAGGCAUCGAUUUGUCGCAUGGCGCUCCUUCGCAGCAGACUUUACCAAGUCCGCCGGUGAAGAAAGGGCGGACAAACACACCUUGGACGCCCGCAGAAGAGCAGAGGCUCAAGACGUUACGCGAUGCCGGCAGUAGCUGGAGUGAGAUCGCGAAGACAUUCCCCACGCGGACGGAAGGGAGUGUCAAAAAGCAUUGGUACAAAGACAUGCAUUACGCUGAAUUCGCUGAAGACGAGAGCGCAGCGCUGCUGCAAGCGAUCAAGGACUACGAAAAUAAUAGGUGGAAGGUCAUCGGCCAGAAGGUGGGCAAGCCAGCGAAGGCCUGCGAGCAGUUCGCCAAAGAACAAGGCUGGAAGGUGUGA